UUACCCUCCCCCCCGCCAAAAAACACAGCAUUUGGGAAAGAAUGGGCGUUAGGUUCAAACCCAGAGGCCAUAUAUCUUCUUCACUCUCAAUUGACAACUUCCUUAAAUCCCACAAAAACCUCUCUAAAACCCCUCCAAAACUCUGGCUCGAUACCCAACACGACCCUACAGAGAUAGACUAUCAAGGUCUCCCCAUCUUGAAGCUUAGCCAUCCCAUCUUGCAAGCCUUGGAAUCAUGCUCUAGCGUUAGGCAUUUCAACCAAGUCCACACUCAGCUAAUUAUCUCUGCUCUCUUCCAACACUCACUCGUCGCGAGCCGAGUUGUGAAAAAGCUCUGCUCUUCUUCUCUCACUGUUUCGCAGGCUGUUUACGUAUUCGAUUGCCUUGAUGAGCCUGAUGCUUUUGUGUGUAACACUAUUAUAAGAAGCUAUGUGAAUUUUAACGACCCGUUUAGUGCUUUACGGUUUUACUAUGGAAGAAUGGUUGGGAAGUGGGUUUUGCCUAAUCAUUAUACUUUUCCGAUUUUGAUCAAGGUGUGCGCGGAGAUUGGGUCCUUGAGAGAAGGGGAAAAGGCUCAUGCUCGUGUGGUGCAAUUUGGGUUUGAGUCAGAUUUGUUUGUGCGGAACUCAUUGAUUCACAUGUACUCGGUUUGUGGGAGGAUUUGGGAUGCGUGGAUGGUGUUUGAUGCGGGGCCUGACUGGGACUUGGUGAGUUGGAAUGCGAUGAUUGAUGGGUAUGUGAAGAAUGGGGAAGUUGGUGUUGCGCGUGAGCUUUUUGAUGAGAUGUAUGAGAGAGAUGUUUUUAGUUGGAAUUCUAUGAUUUCGGGGUAUGUUGGGAUUGGGGAUAUGGAGGCAGCAAAAGGGUUGUUUGAGAGAAUGAAAAUUAGAGAUGUUGUCUCUUGGAAUUGUAUGAUUGAUGGGUAUGCUAGGAUUGGGAAUGUUUCGGUGGCUCGUGAUUAUUUUAAUCAGAUGCCUUUGCGAAAUGUGGUUUCUUGGAAUAUGAUGUUGGCACUUUAUGUGCGAAGUAAGAAUUACAGUGAAUGCUUGAGCUUGUUUGAUAGUAUGAUAGAAGAUGGAGAGGCUAAGCCAAAUGAGGCUACUCUUGUGAGUGUCCUUACUGCAUGUGCGAACUUGGGGAGUCUUGAGAGAGGCAAAUGGGUUCAUUCUUGUCUAAAAAAUAGUGGGAUCAAACGUGAUGUGUUACUUUCAACAGCUCUUUUGACAAUGUAUGCAAAAUGUGGGGAUAUGGAUUUGGCUAGAGAUGUUUUUGAUGAGAUGCCCAUCAGAAGUGUUGUGUCAUGGAAUUCUAUGAUCAUGGGAUAUGGUAUUCAUGGGAAUGCAGAAAAGGCCAUAGAAGUAUUUAUGGAGAUGGUGAAGAGAGGACCAAUGCCAAAUGAUGCUACUUUUGUCUGUGUCUUAUCUGCAUGUACCCAUGCAGGAAUGGUUUUGGAGGGUUGGUGGUGCUUUGAUUUAAUGUGUCGAGUUUACAAGAUUGAACCAAAGGUAGAACACUAUGGUUGCAUGGUUGAUCUCCUUGCCCGGGCUGGUUUGAUGAAAGAUUCAGAGGAGCUUAUAAGUAAGAUGCCAAUGGAGUCCGGAGCUGCCUUAUGGGGAGCUCUACUUUCUGCUUGUAGGACCCACUCAAAUUCAGAGCUAGGAGAGAUUGUAGCCAAGCGACUAAUUGAGUUGGAACCAAGGGAUAUUGGGCCCUAUGUGCUGUUAUCAAAUAUAUACGCUGCAGAAGGAAAAUGGAAUGAUGUAGAGCAUGUGAGAAAGCUGAUGAAGGAAAAGGGGUUACAAAAAGCAGCUGGGUCUAGCUUGGUUCAAUUUGGGGAGUUUAAUUCCGAAUCUUUUGUGGGAAAUGGUUUAGUCCAUAGGAAAAGCAUGGUGUACUCAAUGUUGAGUGAGAUGGGUGCUCAGAUGAAACUGUCUUGUGGAGAUUCUAAUAAUAUGGCAUCAAAAUUGGGAGCUUAACAAAGAUUAAAAGACAUUAAGAAGAAUUUAUGAUGGUUAAUUAUUGAAGUGGAUGUGUACAUUAUGAUUAAACUGCUGCAAAUGGAUCUACGUAGCAUGUCAAAGAAUGAUGACUCUAAAAAGAGGAGAUGCUGGGAAAGAACAAACGUACCAUAGGCCCUUCUAUUAAGCAAUUAUGGGAUUCAUACAGGGCAUUGCGGCUGAAUGAUUAUUAUCUACAGUUGGAUACUGUUGGUAAUAAGCACAUGGCAUUGUACAGUUAAAGAGGUUUAGUCCACAUUCAGAUUCAACUUUACUUCUGUAUCCAGCAUAAUCCUGCUAAGUAAUCAAUGGCAGUGUUGUAUUGCUUCGAUAUGUUGUAUUAAGCAUUAAUCUUGUAGAAUAAGUUUUGUUGAAA